UCCCCACCGGCCCACGGGCCUGGGUCGCUCCUGGCCCCGAUCUCCCCCGAGCAAUCUGACCCGACUGGAGCCCCCUGGCCCGGGAGCAGAGGCCGCGCCUUUGCAUUCACUGGCCCCUAGUCCCUGGCGUGCCUCGAGCCCCUCCCUCAGGAUCGGCCCAGGGACACCCCAAGCCCCGGGACCGCCGAGCUCCCGCGGCAGAUUUCCCGCUUCCUUGGCUUAAUUCCGGCCGGCAGUGGCUCUGGAGGAGUUAUCCAGGCGCAGCCUCCUCCAAGCAGCCCUCCCCACUCCGUGGCCUGUGGGCCUGACGGCGCUCUGGGCGCAGAUCCCGCCCGGGGCUGGGCACACGGAGCCCAGGAGCCACCUCGGUCCCUUUAAGCCCGCUGUUCACGCAGUCCCGGGGUUUCCAUGACGACGACGUCUGCUAGGGGAUACGGGCGGGGUCGGAGCGCAUGCGCGGUGCGCGCCGGACGCCGCAAGUCUUCCCGAGUCGCCGGCGCUGCUGUCGCGGCGCCCCCAACUGCGGGCGCCCGGGCUCCCUCCGCUCGGCCAUGGCCCCCUCGCCGCCGUGCAGGCCCCCUCGGUCGCCGCCGCCGCCGCCGCUGCUGCUGCUGGUGCUGCUGAGCGUCGCGCUGCUGGGCGCCCAGGCCCGCGCGGAACCCGCCGCCGGGAGCGCCGUCCCCGCGCAGAGCCGCCCGUGCGUGGACUGCCACGCUUUCGAGUUCAUGCAGCGCGCCCUGCAGGACCUGCGGAAGACGGCCUGCAGCCUGGACGCACGGACAGAGACCCUCCUGCUGCAGGCCGAGCGCCGGGCCCUGUGCGCCUGCUGGCCGGCCGGCCGCUGAGGACCCUCAGCCAGACUACUUCCUCACCAAUAAACACCUGGCCCGGCA